UCGUUUGUGAUUUAUUUCAAUAUGAACUACGUUUUGUCUAGCAUUAAGUCUCUCAAAUUUUUAGCUGACUCCAAUAAAAAUUGCAACUAAAUAAUUUAAAUUUAGAUUUGGUUAACCUUUUCGAUAUACAUGGGAAUCGACAUUCAGUCGAAAAACAUCUGGGGCUGCACUCACGCAGAUGCAGCCCUGGCAAACAGCUGUUAGACUUUGAUAACUGAAUUGCUAUUGCAGCUAGCUGAUUAAGUGAACUUUUAAACUAGAUUUAUAGUAAUUAGCAUUACCUGAAAUAAUAAUGGAUGACGUUCCAAUGGAAAAUGAAACGAACUCCAACAGCAGCGAAGCGUCUAAUGCGACAGCGAAUCAGCAGCAACAUCCUACGCCAGAAUUCUUACAACGAAAAAUCUAUUUUCUAAUGGAUCAGCUUAAAGAAAUGCAUUCCGAACUGCCAGAGACCUUGCAGACACGAAUAUCCUACGACCUGCUCACCGAGCUGGCAAAUUGUGUUUUGAACGAAAGCAUUUUUGAUAUAGUUAAAGCGCUCAUGGAAUUGCAACAUGUAACGGAAAAGCACUUGAUACAGAUGCGUGCACAAGUGGAGAAUGAAUACGAAAUCGAGGUGGCUGAUUGGCGUGGCAAAAUCAAAGAUCCAGAGGAGUUGCAACACAUACUGGGGCUUAUGAAAAUCAAGCAUACGAAAAAACUAUUGGAAACAGACAAGAAAAUAAUCGAAGUGUUAGAUCAGAAGGUUUUCGACCAGCAAUCUAUGCUGCAAAAAGCGGGAGUGCCUGGCUUUUACAACACACAGAAUCCCAAGGAAAUCAAAAUUCAAAUGUUUCUACUAGAUUUCAUUUUACGCCUAAGUCUGCUGAAAUUCGAGCCGAACAAAUAACAAACAGCCCAAACUUAAUUAAAUACAAGACUGUCCCAAUGUUGUUAAUUGACUUGAUAUCAAUGACAAGAAACUAUUUUUAUAUAUGAAUAAAAUUACGCGUAGCUAAAUAUUUAAAAAUCA